AUGGAAGCGUUUGAUUGGCUAUAUGGGAACGAGAAAAGAAGGGUCGAGGAAAGCAGAGAAGAGGCAGAAAGCUGCUGGCAUGGCCGCAUUUCGCAAUCCUACCAGCAUCUGAGACCACAUUGUCAGGUUAACACUCCUGGCUUGCACAUUUCCACGCUUAUUCUCAACCAAGAACCCGGCAACAUGUUCAGCAGCAUUCUGCGCAGGCUACAGGGCGGGAACCUGGAGGUUUUCAAGUUCGGCCUCUAUAUUGGAUUCCCCAUAGGAUGGAUGUACUACUUUGGCACGAACCUGGAGGAACGCUUCAGUGUCCCCGACUUCUGGCCGACCACAGCACACUCCCAUAAAAUACCUGCAGACAAAGGCGAGAUAGACAAGGAACUAGCCCGGAUGAAUGAGCAGAGAGCAAAGCGAUUGCUUGAAAAGCAGAGAAUCCAAAAGGAAUUCGAAAAUAUCGCUGCAACUUCGAAUUCGACAACCGAAUAA